AUGGCAGACCAGAAUCCGAACAACAAUGGCGUCCCUCGACGAAAGCCUGUGCCCCCGCCCCAGGAGUUACCGGAUACCUGGGCCGCCGACCUCACUGCUCAGUUCCGACGCACACUUUCUACGAAGCGCAUGAACGAAUUGAGUCGAAGGCCAGGUUCGCAGCGAAGUACUUCGUCCAGGAUACCCACCGAUAUCGUUGUCGAGCCCAGGCGAGCGCCGCCGCCGCCGCCUCCGCGACGACAAGGCGACGACGAAUCCUCAGAGCCGACCCCACCUCCACCAUCACGAGAAGCACCUCCAGUUCCUACUUCAGAACCUCAGGAAGGCAUUGCGCCGCCGAGAUCACCGCCUCCAGCAUACUCGUCGAUUAAGAACAUUCCAACCGUACCCACGCCACCGACCGACAACAAGUCACUUCGAUUCCGAAACAUGCUCCUAUCACUUUCGAACACGCCUUGCAAGUGGGAGAAUCCAGGGUUAUUAGACGAGGCGCUCAGGGUUAUUCCAUUGCAAAGGAUAUACGACGAGGCACAGGAGGAGUCUGACCUCUUCCAAGCCGAGGCCGCAUCCCUAGGACCAAACACCAAGGCAGCAUGGGGAUACCAGGACUGUGUCGUGCGCGCAUUGAUGAAGUGGUUCAAGAAUGACUUCUUCGAGUGGGUCAACAACCCCAAGUGCUCGACUUGCCAUGCGAGGACCAUUGGUACUGGUAUGGUAGCACCUCUACCGGACGAAUCCGCACGAGGCGCAAACCGAGUCGAACUCUACCAAUGCAGCAACCAGCGAUGCCUUUCAUUCGAGCGAUUUCCGCGAUAUAACGACGCAUUCGUUCUACUCCAAACACGGAGAGGACGUGUAGGAGAAUGGGCUAACUGUUUCACGAUGCUCUGCCGGGCUAUUGGAAGCCGAGUGCGAUGGAUAUGGAAUGCUGAGGACCAUGUCUGGACUGAGAUCUACAGUGCACAUCGUCGAAGAUGGGUGCAUGUUGACUGCUGUGAAGAGGCAUGGGAUGCGCCCCUGCUUUACACUCAAGGCUGGGGUAAGAAGCUUUCAUACUGCAUCGCCUUCUCUGCCGAUGGCUGUCAAGAUGUCACGCGGCGUUAUGUUCGCAACCCGACUGAGCACGCCUCAGAACGCAACAAGUGCUCGGAAGGCGUGCUGAUGCAUAUCAUCCAAGAAAUCAAGACCAUGCGCCGUCGCGACAUGGACAAGAAGGAACGCUUCCGCUUGAAUGCCGAGGACAUGAAAGAGGAUGCCGACCUCCGCAAAAUCGUCAUCGAAGCACUUGCUUAUAACGUUAGCCGCAUACUUCCUGGCGGUGAUGGAGUCAAGGCCGAUCGACCAUAUCGAGCAGAUCCAGACGCACAGAAAGCCGCAGAAACACGGCAAGAAGAGCGCAAUCGUGCAAGAGAGGCACGACGCAACCCCGACCGACGACAACAGUGA